CCAACUAAGCUUCACAAGAUUCACAAAUUACCUCACUUACACAGAACCCUUUUCAUGCAAUUAUCAAUUACUAUUAUGUUAGGAAUCAUAUAUUUUUCUUGAGUACAAUAUGAUACCUUUUAUUUUUGUAGCAAUAUUUUUUCAGUUUACAAUCUGUUUUACUGAAUCCCCAAAACAAACCAAAUAAAUGCCAAAAAAGUACUCCUCACGUGAAUGAUUUACCGUAGCAAGCAAAUAAUAAUUCACCUAAAAUAGUAGAAAAUUAAUAAUAAAAAAACCACCUUGCACGCACUAUACAGUAUAUAUAAAUCAAACACAGAGACCAAGUUAAAUCUUGGUAAGAUACAUUACAAUACAUUGAUUCUUUCAGUUGUUCUUUUGGCUCUCUGCCAAAAAACAACAACUGCAUUCAAAAGGGUCUUUCAAAGUUCCAUUUUUUUCCCCUCAAAUAACACACAUCACUAAAAAAAACAAUGUGUUCAUAAAAACAAAAGAACACAUUUUUCGUUUAAUUCAUAGAUAAUAAACAAAACAAAACAUACCCUUUUGAUUGUUUUGUUGUUUUAAGAUUUUUUUAGAGUUUACAUUACAGUUAUGGCAUACACUGAAAACAGAGAACCGAAGGUUUUCUCUGUUUCCUCUGUUUUCCUGUGUUUCACAAUUUUUUAUGCAACAGUUUUAUUGAACUGUAACCAUGUUUAUGGCCAAACAUCAACUGUAUUUGCCUGCGAUGUUGCCAAGAAUACGAAUUUAUCAAGUUAUGGAUUCUGUGACAAGUCAUUGUCGGUUGAAGAUAGGGUUUCAGACUUGGUGAAGAGAUUAACACUGCAAGAGAAAAUAGGGAACCUUGGAAACUCUGCUGUUCAAGUGAGCAGACUUGGGAUACCAAAGUAUGAAUGGUGGUCUGAAGCUCUUCAUGGAGUUUCUAACAUUGGUCCUGGUACACAUUUUUCAAGUUUGGUUCCAGGUGCUACUAGUUUUCCUAUGCCUAUUCUUACUGCAGCUUCUUUCAACACUUCUCUCUUUCAAGCCAUUGGAAGUGUUGUUUCAACUGAAGCAAGAGCAAUGUACAAUGUAGGGUUGGCUGGUUUGACAUAUUGGUCACCAAAUAUAAACAUAUUUAGAGAUCCGAGAUGGGGAAGGGGACAAGAAACACCAGGGGAAGACCCUUUGUUAAGUAGCAAAUAUGCAGCAGGAUAUGUGAAAGGUCUGCAACAAACUGAUGACGGAGAUUCCGACAAGCUUAAGGUUGCUGCUUGUUGCAAACAUUAUACAGCUUAUGAUGUUGAUAACUGGAAAGGUGUUCAGCGUUACACCUUCAAUGCUGUGGUGAAUCAGCAAGAUUUGGAUGACACAUUCCAACCUCCAUUUAAGAGUUGUGUGAUUGAUGGGAAUGUUGCUAGUGUGAUGUGUUCCUACAACAAAGUCAAUGGAAAGCCAACUUGUGCAGACCCUGACCUUCUUAAGGGAGUUAUCAGAGGCAAAUGGAAAUUAAAUGGAUAUAUAGUUUCCGACUGUGAUUCAGUAGAAGUGCUUUUUAAAGAUCAACAUUAUACCAAGACUCCUGAAGAAGCUGCAGCCAAAACCAUACUGUCAGGAUUAGAUUUGGACUGUGGAAGUUAUCUAGGCCAAUAUACAGAAGGUGCAGUAAAGCAAGGGCUUGUGGAUGAAGCAUCUAUUAACAAUGCUGUGUCGAACAAUUUUGCAACAUUGAUGCGUCUUGGUUUCUUUGAUGGUGAUCCAAGCAAGCAACCUUAUGGAAAACUUGGUCCAAAAGAUGUGUGCACUCCAGAGAAUCAAGAGCUAGCCCGUGAAGCUGCAAGACAAGGGAUUGUGUUGCUUAAAAAUAGUCCAGGAUCAUUGCCUCUAAGUUCCAAAGCCAUUAAAUCAUUGGCAGUUAUAGGACCUAAUGCUAAUGCUACAAGGGUCAUGAUUGGAAACUAUGAAGGAAUCCCUUGCAAAUAUACAUCACCCUUGCAAGCCCUAACUGCGUUGGUUCCUACAAGUUAUGCUCCUGGUUGUCCUGAUGUGCAAUGUGCCAAUGCUCAGAUAGACGAUGCCACGAAGAUUGCAGAGUCAGCAGAUGCAACCAUUAUUGUUGUAGGUGCAAAUCUAGCUAUAGAAGCAGAAAGUCUUGAUAGAGUUAACAUUCUACUUCCAGGACAGCAACAACAGCUAGUGAGUGAAGUUGCAAAUGCAUCCAAAGGGCCUGUGAUUCUUGUCAUAAUGUCUGGUGGUGGCAUGGAUGUUUCCUUUGCCAAAAGUAAUGAUAAAAUCACAAGCAUUUUGUGGGUUGGCUACCCUGGAGAAGCGGGUGGAGCUGCAAUAGCUGAUGUUAUUUUUGGCUUCUAUAAUCCAAGUGGAAGGCUACCGAUGACAUGGUAUCCACAAUCAUAUGUAGAAAAGGUACCGAUGACAAACAUGAACAUGAGAGCUGAUCCUGAUACUGGUUACCCUGGUAGGACUUACAGAUUUUAUAAAGGAGAAACUGUUUUCUCAUUUGGAGACGGAAUGAGCUUCGGCACGGUCGAACACAAAAUAGUUAAAGCGCCUCAGUUGGUGUCCGUUCCUCUAGCCGAGGAUCACGAAUGUCGUUCCUUACAAUGCAAGUCACUGGAUGUUGCCGAUGAGCAUUGUCAAAACUUGGCAUUUGAUAUUCAUCUAAGUGUCAAGAACAUGGCGAAAAUGAGUAGUAGCCAUACAGUGUUGUUAUUUUUUACACCUCCUGAUGUGCACAAUGCACCUCAGAAACACUUGUUGGGUUUUGAGAAAAUGCAAUUGGCUGGAAAAUCGGAAGGAUUGGUUAGGUUCAAGGUAGACGUUUGCAAAGAUUUGAGUGUGGUUGAUGAACUUGGAAACCGAAAAGUUCCAUUGGGAGAGCACAUGCUUCAUGUUGGAAACUUGAAGUAUUCAUUGAGUGUAAGGAUUUGAAACAAGUCUUCAAAUUCUCUACAUUGAGUUAGUUUUUAUUUCCAUUUUUCUUGGUUUCCUUAAAAAGAAUUUUUAUAGGAAACCAGAAAUAAAUUUGAGGCAACUGUAACAAAAUUCCAUGAUUUGUAACAUUAUACUCAAAUCACAAAUUUGAAAUCAAAAUCAAUAGUUUCUACUA